AUGGAUUUGUUGGGGCUGUUUCCGAAAUCAACAUCCGGGGAUAAGUGGAUCGCCGUGGCGACGGACUAUCUCACCCGUUUUGCUGAAACUAAAGCUCUACCAAAAGGCAGUGCAUCCGAAGUGGCGAAAUUUUUCGUCGAGAACAUCCUGCUGCGACAUGGUGCCGCAGAAGUGCUCAUCACCGACAGAGGAACGGCUUUUACAGCAGAGCUCACCCAAACCAUUCUGCUGUACAGCCAGACAAGCCACAGGAGGACAACUGCCUACCAUCCGCAGACGAAUGGUCUCACAGAGCGCCUGAACAAGCUUGCCAGCAUGCUAGCAAUGUACGUCGACGUCGAACACAAGACGUGGGAUGCGGUCCUGCCGUACGUAACCUUUGCGUACCACACGGUGGUACAAGAAACAACAGAUCAGGCCGUUUAA